AUGGCCGUUGCUGCGUUUUGGGAUGUCGGCGAACUUAAGCUGAACGUCUUCAUGUGUCUACGCGAAGACAUAUGCGACGCGGACCUGGCGCGCUGCGCUCGUGUACACCGCACAUGGACCAACCUUACACUAAACGCACUAUGGUUCGGCUACCCCCGAACAUCGUGCGAGGAUAACAGGACGAGAGCCAGGGCUAUCGCAGGUCUCCCAACGGAUCUUCGUCAGGGUUAUGCCUCUCGAGUAGGCGUGCUUGACUUUACAGAUUACGGUGGGAGUUCUGUCCAUGCGAAAUUCGAAGGAUUGAACUUUCCGAGGUUGAAAGAAGUCAUCCUCCACAAUAUCGAUAAAGAGGCUCGUCAAAAGUUCCGAGAGUUCCAACUUUCAAGAUACCUGCAGCCUACACUGCAAAGUCUGAAGCUGCUUGACCAAACGUACGACAACGUCGAAAAUGGAACCAACUGGCUCACGGCCUCAUUCCUGACCGACGUCGCUAGGAGAUGUCCUGACCUCAAACAAAUUUCAUUCUGGGUCCCGAACACACCUAUCGAGCCAUCGGAUCAUACAAGUUUCUUUCGAAGCAUCAAACCUCAAGAGGUGUCUCUCGACUUACCACGCAUGCUUACUUGCGACCUGCUAUCCGCUCUGUCUCAUGAUGGAGGAUGUCUCGAGAGCCUGGCCAUUGUAGAUGAGGAGGACAAUCAUAGGAGGAUCAAGCCUGCCUAG